GUGUCCUACGUCAGAGCCGCCGCCGCGGAGCCGCCGCCGGGGAGGAGCAGCCGCUGCCGCCCAGGACUGGGCCCUUAGGGAGGAGGAGGCGAGAAGAUGGCGGACGACCCCAGUGCUGCCGACAGGAACGUGGAGAUCUGGAAGAUCAAGAAGCUCAUUAAGAGCUUGGAGGCGGCCCGCGGCAAUGGCACAAGCAUGAUAUCAUUGAUCAUUCCUCCCAAAGACCAGAUUUCAAGAGUGGCAAAAAUGUUAGCAGAUGAGUUUGGAACUGCAUCUAACAUUAAAUCACGUGUAAACCGCCUUUCAGUCUUGGGAGCCAUUACAUCUGUACAGCAAAGACUCAAACUUUAUAACAAAGUACCUCCAAAUGGCCUGGUUGUUUACUGUGGUACAAUUGUAACAGAAGAAGGAAAGGAAAAGAAAGUCAACAUUGACUUUGAACCUUUCAAACCAAUUAAUACGUCAUUGUAUUUGUGUGACAACAAAUUCCAUACAGAGGCUCUUACAGCACUACUUUCAGAUGAUAGCAAGUUUGGCUUCAUUGUAAUAGAUGGUAGUGGUGCACUUUUUGGCACGCUCCAAGGAAACACAAGAGAAGUCCUGCACAAAUUCACUGUGGAUCUCCCAAAGAAACAUGGUAGAGGAGGUCAGUCAGCCUUGCGUUUUGCCCGUUUAAGAAUGGAAAAGCGACAUAACUAUGUUCGGAAAGUAGCUGAGACUGCUGUACAGCUGUUUAUUUCUGGGGACAAAGUAAAUGUGGCUGGUCUCGUUUUAGCUGGAUCAGCUGACUUUAAAACUGAACUAAGUCAAUCUGAUAUGUUUGAUCAGAGGUUGCAAUCAAAAGUUUUAAAAUUAGUUGAUAUAUCCUAUGGUGGUGAAAAUGGAUUCAACCAAGCUAUUGAGUUAUCUACUGAAGUCCUCUCCAACGUGAAGUUCAUUCAAGAGAAGAAAUUAAUAGGGCGAUACUUUGAUGAAAUCAGCCAGGACACGGGCAAGUACUGUUUUGGAGUUGAAGAUACACUAAAGGCUUUAGAAAUGGGAGCUGUAGAGAUUCUAAUUGUCUAUGAAAAUCUGGAUAUAAUGAGAUAUGUUCUUCAUUGCCAAGGCACAGAAGAGGAGAAAAUUCUUUAUCUAACUCCAGAACAAGAGAAGGAUAAAUCUCAUUUCACAGACAAAGAGACAGGACAAGAACAUGAGCUGAUUGAGAGCAUGCCCCUCUUGGAAUGGUUUGCUAACAACUAUAAAAAAUUUGGAGCAACGUUGGAAAUUGUCACCGAUAAGUCACAAGAAGGAUCCCAGUUUGUGAAAGGAUUUGGUGGAAUUGGAGGUAUCUUGCGGUACCGAGUAGAUUUCCAGGGAAUGGAAUACCAAGGAGGAGACGAUGAAUUUUUUGACCUUGAUGACUACUAGGUAGUCGACAUGGGUCCGGCAAAACGUGCCUCACCCUCCAGCAUCCAACCCAAGGAGCAUACCCGUGGUGGAAUCCAAACAGAUCCCUGCCUUACAAUUGGAACAUUUCUAGAACUUAAUCCAUGAGCAUUGGAUAUUGAAAAGAAAACCGAAACAAAACCAGACCCAACCCUACACUUAGGUUUGUCAUGGUGUCAGCGCAGCAGCCUGCAACUAAGUUCCUAAAUGCCACUUUGGACUAAUUUAAAAAAGAAUCCCAGUUUUUACUUUUACUUGAUGGUGAAAUUGGUUGCUCUUGUAUUUUAUGGAAAAAAAAUGAUUUUUUUAACCUUCAUACAUAGAAGCAAAAAUACUUUAACUGCUGUAAACCUUCAAAAGUUAAUAGAAAUGAGAUCAUA